GUCCAUAAGAGGUUAUUAAAAUGGGCUUUAAGUUGCUCAUCUGUUUGUUGCUUAUGUUCAUGAAAGUGUCCGAAAAUAAAAAUUUACCCGCAGAUUUUCCACGUUGUCACAGAUCAGACCAGUUUCUUAACAAAUGUAUGCUGCAGGCUAUGGAAACUGUACGACCCUUCAUUGCGAAGGGUAUACCAGAGAUCAAUUUACCACCGUUUGAACCUUUAUUUGUCAAAGGAUUUGAAGUGGAUCGAGAUACCGAAGCCCUCAGGAUCAAAGCUAACCUAACAAAUGUGUUCGUUCAUGGUCUGACCAAUUAUGACUGCCGUACAUUUGAGUUCAGAGUACCAAGUUUACAAUUCGCUACUAGGUGCUCUUUCAAAGAAGUGAAGCUUGUAUCAGACUACACAAUUUCAGGGAGUGUUCUCGGAGCUCAAAUAGAGGGAACAGGCAAUUUGACAGCAAUAUUUGUGUACCCUUAUCCCACCUAUACGGUCAUAACCUAUAUUCAGUGUCUGCUGUUCUGA